GUCCGCGUUCUGUACCGUACUGCGUUCUACGUUGUGGUAACGUACUGACUGUACUGUACCUUAGUUCGAAUGGAACGACUGUACCGUACGAUUUUACUAUGCAUGGGUUCGAUCGAACUUCGCGGUUUUCAGAGCAGUUGGAAACCCCGAGGCCUUUUUCGAAACCGGAACGAAAUCUCUCCAAAUGUACGGUGCAAUCGACAGAGAACCGCCGCCACCCCCGGGACCCGCCUGCACCAUGGAGACACCAGAGAAAACGCCCGAACCGGCACCGCCCGCGAGAACACGCCGGGCCGGGAAGAGGAGUGGAGACACCAAGAUCGCCGCCACGAUGGCGGUCGCCAUCUUGGUCGUGACGGGAGGUCUCAUGGCCCUCACGUCCCCGUCGGCGGACGGUGGGAGCAGCCCCCUCGCGAAGGUGUUUGCGCAAGCGCAGUGCACCGAUCCUUGCGUUCCCGGAAGCGAGGACAUCAUGAAGCCAAAGGCGCACGGGACGAGCGAAUAUCCCGUUGUGAGUGUCGGCGGACGAACAGUGCGACCGAACGAACAUCGGGUCCGGCUUGGAAGCGAUCCGAUGCGGUUCCUCCCGCUGUUUUUGUCGCUACGGUCGAGCCGACAGUGACUCGAACGUUGUUUGUGUCUGUAGUAGCUGUGUCGUGCAACAAUAGUUCCCACUCCCGUGAAAAUCGUCCGAUCUUUGUCUCACAAGAACUUGUUGUAUGCUGUGUUCUAUUGCUGGCGUUCUUUUCUACCCGCAGCAACAAAAUUUGCGUUGGGGCGUUGACUGGGAUUUGGCCGAUCGCAUCAACAACUUCAAUCGACACUAUGCGGGUGAGUAAGGACCUUGUGACGAACAAAUCGCGAACGAACGUUGCUGGCCUCGAUUCCUUUUGUGAAACGUGUUUCUAAUUACCUUCCAACCUUCGGCGUGGACCAUCUUUGCCAACGAAAGAAUACUCCGGAUACUGGGAGUCCACUUCGUUCUUGUCGGACGUCCGGGAGAACAUCGAAACCGAGAGCGGCACGGUCACCUUUUACGACUCUGGGUGGAAGGGCUCCCCUCUGUUUACGGCUCCGCGGGAUCGCACGUGGGCGGACUUUGUCGACGAGAGCCGAAACCACGGGUGGCCCUCGUUCCGGGAUUCCGAGGUCGAUUGGAACUAUGCGCGCGUCCUUCCCGGAGGCGAAAUGGUCUCCGUCGACGGUUCUCACCUGGUGAGUGAACGCGAGCGAGCGCGGGUGUGCGGGAACAGAACGUCCUCUUGGCAAUGUCUGGCCAUACAGUGCGCAACUCUGAUUCCGUUUGGUUUUGUUUUGUUUUGUUUUGUUUUGUUUUAUUUUUUUUUUCGCAUUCGUAUUUGUAUUCGAAUUCGUUUUGUGUUGGAUCUAGGGUCACAACCUUCCGGACCGAAAGGGCAAUCGGUAUUGCAUCAGUAAGUUUUGAAACGGCGUGACUCCCAUUCGUGUUUUCUCGUUUCGUGCUGUGUUGUACGUUCCUUUGAUUCUUUUUCUGGAUUGUUGUGAGAAUCGUGGCAUUCGCGUCGGCCGUUCUCUCGUGAAAUAAGUUAUUUCGGUUUAUACUGAUUCGUUUGCCGCUUGUUUUGUUUUGUGGCAAUCUCCCGUACCUUAGAUCUGGUUUCGAUUGCCGGAAGUCUUCCAAAGGACGAUGACGAAUAGCUCCAAGAACAAUACCACACAACCCCUUGUCUGAAAAGUGAACAGAAUGUCGCACGAACAUUUUGUAAUGUAUAGGUACUGCAAUGCAUUGCAGGAUCGGUCGAUCGAAACAAUCUCUACGACCUGUGAUGGUCUAGUCUAGUUAUAGAGACGCUAGUUGCCAAAUUAAGAAAUUGUUUCGUGUUCCAUGCCUGACACUCUAUGAAGUACAGUAAAAAACACAUACUGUA